AUGACCCAAGAAGAUGCCAAAGAUGUAGACUCCGCUAUCCCACCCGCCGCCAAACCGCUUGUUCCCUAUCUUCGAUCGCGCCAGGAUGCGCUCCGUCUCCGCCAGGCCCUGACCCUGUACCUGCAAUCCCACAUUGUCUCGGAAGAUAACAACAGCUACAACAACAGCGAUGGCGAUUUAACUGUGUCCCACCCCGCCCUCACCCUUCCCGCCAACGCGUCCGUAACCGUCAAACGAAUCCCGUCCGAGAUCGCCGGCGUGCGGAGGGAGUAUCUGAAAGCCCUGCAGGAGAAUAUUGCCGUGAAAAGGGAGUACAAUGAUCUGUCCGAGAAAAUUACAUCGAGGCAGCUUCUGAAUGGCCAGGUUAACGCUCGCCCGUCAAAACCUGCAGUUUCGGGCAGUAUUGAUGUCGACACGCAUUCGUCCGUGUUGAGUGAUUAUUUGGCUUUGCUGCGGGAACGCCGUCGCCACGAAAAGUUACAGCUGUUCGACGCCCAUCUGAGGGAGUUGGCUUCGGCGGCUGACCCUGAAGAACAGCACCAAAGUAAUAGCUCAACUGCGCGGGCGGAUCUUGACAAGAUCUUCAAGGGCAAUGGUUAUGAAACGGCAGAUGAGUCGGGUGACAAUGUCCAGGCAUUGAUAUCUAAACUGGAAAGAGCGGUGGUCAGAGCCAAGGCGAAGCUCGUCAAAGAACAGCAUCUGCUCCAGCAAUUGAGAGAACAACAGGCCAAUGGCUUGCUUGACAGCAGAAAUAAAGCAAUCGCACUUGGCCGCACGCGAGAUACGCUUGUGCAGUGGGUGGAGGAAAAACUGGCUAUCACGACAAGCACGGAAGAUGAUGUUAUGAAUCACGAGAAACGAUACACCGAUGACACGAACACGGCGGAGACAUGGCAGCUCAUUGCUGAGCGCAAAACACAAAUCAAAGAACAAUAUGCAGCUUAUGUGGGAGCCCGCAGAUCGCUGCUCGACGCCGUAUCGCUCUUGUCCCAGCCUACCAGAAGUGCGGCAUUAGAAGAGCCUUCGAAGAAGCCCCCGCAGAGAUCUUCGGACGAUUCUAUACAGGAUUACAGUGCAAUCGACGCUUUCAGGACCGUGUCUGAGCACAUACUCCCUGCAGCUAAAUACCAGAAGUCAUUAGCUCACCAGCGCUCCUACUUGACGGGCAUGCUGACCAAGGAGAAGACCAAUAUUAAGCAUGCAUUUGACCGGCUAAGCCAGGAGAGUCACCUCCUUCCCGAAUAUCCCAUUCUGGCACGGCAGUCAAAAUUCAGGCACAUUACUCCUUCUUCUACCACUGGAUCCGGACCACGACAACCCAACCGCGACGAUACCCUCCAAAACGCUCAGGCGUGGGCCUUUGCUGCUGACGCGGCGCGGUCCGGCGAGAAUGAUUAUGUGGAACAGAGACUCGAGCACGGCGCGGAAAUGGCAGACACAGCUUCUGAGACGCUGCAGCAGGUUUACGAUCUUUUGCAUCAAGAACGGAAUCCCCAUGACGGCGAGACCGCAGAAGAUGCCCAUCAUCUGGACGAUAUCUGGACAGCGGAAGUGCAGCCUCGAAAAGCCAGAGCUAGGCGUCUGAAUGAGACGCAGCAGCAGCCAGCCGGUGGUAGGGGUCCAUGGUCAGCGCUCAGUGGACGAGUCGAGUAG